CUUGUCUCAUCUUGUACAUCACAUCUCCAACGCUGCAUUUCACAGUGCAUACCCCAAGCGGUGUGCAGAUCCGAAAUACUGACAAGCACACACACGCACGCAUACACAAUAACUCACACACAGACACUCACACACGCACUCGCACGCACGCACGCGCGCCCUCGCAGCGUAUGACAAACGACGACCAACGCCACAGAGCGGACCAAAGCAAAGCGGAGAGAAACGUGAAGCCUCGCGUCGCCUAUUUGUUCAUAAUUGUUUGGUUAUGAUUUCCUUCUUUGAUUUUAUUUUGACAGCAUCCGGUUGCCUUCGCAUCCCGGGGAAAACACGCGAGGUCUGACUUCGUCGUCGCGUGGCGUUAAAUCGGGGCUCGUGAGAUGGAGCUGUCGAGAUCUUUUCCCGCCUCGCUAGCUGUGAUCCGCGCACUGGUGUUUGCGUAGGACGGCUUCUUCUUCUUGUAUUGUGGAUUCGUCGACCGUCGCCAGCCAGCAGGCGCUCAUUUGCUGCGAUUCAACAAACUCUCGACACGGAUCUAAAACAAGUCCACAUUCCGGGGAAACGCGUCCUCCGACCCCGCUUGAGAUCUGGCUAGCUGCAGGUCGAUCUCCCCGUGGCUUCGGACUAUCUCUGCUGUCUCUGCGUGGACAGGAAUUACGAGAGAAAUCGUAUUUUUUUUGUUUUUCGUUUAAUGUGAACGCGGCGAAUCUCAGGAUAAAAGUAGCAGCUGUUUAGCAGCAUGCACGUAUCGCGAGGCUCCUGCUCUGGUUGACAUUGACUCUUGAACCAGCCCGGUGUUUAUUGUGAACACAAAGCGGCUCGUCGGUUUGGUGGGUGGUGGGGUCGUGAGGUUAUGCUGAUGCCGACGUGCUUCACACCGCGUCGCAGUGAGUGAACGGAGGCUCCGGGAUCCACGGGUCUGGCACAACGUAUUGGAGCCGACCCUUCUUCUCCUCGAUGUGAUCAGGUGAACUCCUAUUAUCUCUAAAGGGUGUUGAUGGAGAGGCAUUCGAAUGACAGCCGGGACUGUGGUGAUCACUGGUGGUAUCCUAGCGACCGUUAUCUUAUUGUGUAUCAUCGCAGUCCUCUGCUACUGCAGGCUGCAGUACUACUGCUGUAAGAAGGAGGAGUCGGAAUCCGAGGAGGAGGAGCCCGACUUCGCGGUCACGUCCCGCCUCCCGCCGGUCCACUCCAACCACAACAUCGUGGCGGCCGCGGCGGCCGCUUCCUCCGCCGUGCCCAAUGGCCCCGCCCUCUUCACCACGCCGCCGCUGGCCCGCAAACUGACGCGCUCGCAGACCAUCUGCCCGUCCUGCACGCACUAUGAGCUGCCCUUCUAUCUGCAGCCCGCCCCCCCGGCCCCGCCGCAGCCUCAGCCCCAGCCCCAGCAGCAGCUGCUGCCCCAGCACCACCUUCAGCUCCACCCGCAGCAGCAGCAGCAGCAGCAGCUGCAGCUCCACCCCCAGCCGCUGCCCCACCACCCCCUCCCCCAGCACACCUACCACCAGCCGCACCCCGACGGACUGAGGAACGGGGGGGAGCGCCUCAGCUUCCGGGGCGGGCCGCAGGAGCUGGACCUGCCGGUGCCCGUCAGCCUGUCCAGCUACCGCAAGAACCACCUGACGCGGGCUGUCACCAUGAGGGACAUGUUCACGCGCAGCUGCAGCAUCAGCACCGACGUGUAGCCCUGUGUGUGUGUGUGUGUGUGUGGGUGGGGGGGGGGCUGAUGGUGACGGUGGAGAAGGUGGAGGAGGAGGAGGGAGCCCUGAUGGGUUUUUGAAGUUGGGUUCUGGUGGGACUUGGGCGUCUGGGGAUGGCUGGGUGGGGCUCUAGGUUGGGACGUGAUGGGGCCUGGGUCGGGCCCCUGUUGGCGGCCUUAGUGGCUCAGAUUCUAGUUUCCGCAGGAGGGAACUGACUCUUGCGGUACUCAGGACAGGACAGGCGAAGACGAUGUUUUAUGCAGUAAGAAAUAGCAGGAAUUCCCACCUUCAGAUGAAACGUACGGUUCAGAGUCAAGACAUAGUGACCCUGAACUUUGAAUGAUGUUCUGCUCUGAACAAUAAUUUUGUAUCAAUCAUUUUGAAUCUGAGUGAAAGAGUUCUACUUGGGAGGAGGGAUGAGGCCUGAACGCUAUGACGGCCAAACAGAGAAUCGACCCGGGUUUGUUUCUUUCACUGCUGGUUUAGAUUAGACCAUCUAUACCAUAUAUAAUACAACAAAACCGAUUUAUUCAAAAUAAUAUUAUAUUGGUGAAGUGAAGGAACCAACUCUGUAGCUGUCACCUGACUGAGACCACCUAAAUCAGCCAAUCAGAGGCCAUGAAAUAUUGUUACAUACUGUAAAGGGCUUACCAAGAAUAAACGAAAGAAAUUAUUCCAAACGAUAUGAACUCUUCUUGUAGGUACCACUAUUUGCCAAACCUGAUUUCUAGGUGCCAAACCAAGGAAUUAUGUCUGCGUGUGUGACUGUGUGUGGUUGGUUAACAUAAUUGCCACUUUUUUCUUGAAAUAAUAUUCUUGAACUUGAAUUAAACUUAUAAUGCGCCUUUCAUUGGGACCAAUCUCAAAGUGCUACAGGCAAGAAAAUGUUGCUUUGCUACUGAACCCGAUUUUGGAUUGCAAUAACAUUUUAGAUAUUAAUGUAAUAGGGUGUGUGUGUGUGUGUGUGUCUGUGUGUAUCUGUCUCUGUGUGUGGCUCAGUGUGUGUGUGUGUGUGUGUGUGUGUGUGUGUGUGUGUGUGUGUGUGUGUGUGUGUGUGUGUGUGUGUGUGUGUGUGUGUGUGUGUGUGUGUGUGCGCGAGUGUGUGCGUGUGUUAUUUUGUCUUAUUUAUAAAUGUGCCAAUUUACCAUAAAUUAGUGCUAACACAGAGUGUGGGUCUAAUCCUAACAUUUGUCUACGUUAAGCCAGCCUGAAUGCGUAAAAUAUGUUGCCGGUAUGUCCUCUGACACAUGACAAAGAAUAAUUAUUGUUAAAAGACCACUAGAGGUAUAAGUACAACACACAACAGCAGAAGGUUUAUAGAGUGAUGCGAUAUAGAUGUGAUGUAUUAUCAUUCACUUGUUUCAGUUCCAAUUGUGGACCUCUCCCACUAUGGAUUUGGCUGUUUAAAUUCGAUGGAAUUACAGAUUCAUGGGAUGUGAGAUUCAUUUUCUUUUUCCAAAGGCUUGUCAAUGAAUAUUUAACAUGCUCGUUGCAUACCGCGCCCUCGACUGACGCCGAAGAUCUGGACAUCUACACUUUGUGGACCUCUCUUCUCUCCUGGUUUUAUCAUUCGGAGAUCGGCUAGCGUUGCCUGGCCCGCGAUGGAUGGCACUCUGACACAAGGAAGCGAUGGCCGACAUUUACGGUGCCGCGCGGGGACACAUUAAAUGAGUGCAAUUAUUUAUCGCCGGGAUAUAACCGGAAAGGGGAGAGCUGCUGAUUGGUUGGUCAAGGUGGGUGGGGGGGUCACAUGGUGCUGAUUGGAUGUCUGGCGGGUUUUUAUUGUCGUCCUUGUAUUGAGUGGUGAACACCGUUGUUGUCUAACUGCCUCUACACUUCAAAGAAACAGAACAUGCCAUCUCUAACGGCGACAUUUCCAACCCUAUUGCGUGUCUUAAAUAGACCCUUUAGGUUCCCUGAGAAGAAACCCAAUUACACGCUUCUAUUCUAGUCCUUCAGCACUAGACCGGCUCUAUACAUAAACACACCUUGGUUUUUAUGAAAGAACUAAAAAUACCUUAUUUUGUUUUCUCCCUCCAUCUGUUUCCAUGUACAAGGAAUAUAUAUAUAUAUAUUGCAUUAUUAACAGACGAAUUUUUUUUCUCUUUCGGUUUUGACAUGUAAAUAGAAAUCGAGAAACCACACACAGUUCAGACCUAGACUACACACACACACACACACAACAUACAAAAUGACGGUAUGCUAUGCUAUACUUAGUUUACUUCUUGAAAGUCAUGUUAUUUGACAGCUGCACAGGAAAUGUAGUGCCAUAAAGGACGACCAGAGAGUUAUAUUAGAUACUAUAAUAAUAGUAUUAUUAGUGCUCAUUAUGUCGUUUAUAAAAUGCAGUGUUGCUUUUAUCUUGACAAUACAUUAUUCUUUGCGUUUGCUUUUGUUCCGUUGUGGUUCUCUGUUACUUUGGACCGUUUUUUUUCCUCUUGGUCUCCACGGUAGAGAGCAGCAAUGAUGCCAUGGUUGUUCUAAAUGUAUUAUCUAGCAAACACACGGUUACUAAUAAAAGGAUGUGAAACUGUC